AGCUUCCCGAGCGUGGGAUGGAAAUUAGUCUUCCGGUGGAUACUCUGAACCGCACGCCAACAAAAAAAAAUGGCCAUCGACGGUAGUAGUGCACGGCGUGUGAUGGUGUUGCUAUUCACCUGCCUAGCUGUGGCGUCAGGUUUACGCUUUCAUCUGAAUGAGCAGAAUGACAUCGCACCGACCAGUUCCGUGGGUCGUCCGUUCUACAAGGGAGCACGUAUCGUUGGUGGAUCACUGGCUGCAGACGGACAGUUCCCGCAUCAGGUGGCAUUGCUGCGAUCGAACGCUCUCACCUGUGGAGGAUCGCUGAUCGAUAGUCGCUGGGUGCUGACUGCAGCGCACUGUGUUUACAGCGGUGCAACACUUGUUCCAGCAUCCGCGCUCGUUGUUGUGGCCGGUUCCGUCAGCUUGAAUGCCGGUGUACGGCGUACGGUGGCAAGAGUGAUUCCACACGAACGGUACGGCAACUUCCAGAAUGAUGUGGCCCUGCUGCAGUUGCAGCUGGCACUGCCCACUACGGCGUACAUCCGACCGAUUGCCCUUCGCACGACCAGCGUGCCAGCGGGCAGCGAGAUCAUUAUCUCUGGCUGGGGCCGCACGUACCAGGGUGGUCCAGUAUCCACCCGGCUUCGAUACAACCGUGCUACCGUAAUCCAGGACCAGCAGUGCCGUGCAGCGACCGGUAUUUCUAGCGGACUUAUCUGCUUUACCUCGCCGGUGAAUAAUGGUGCCUGCAACGGUGAUUCGGGUGGUCCUGCCGUGCUGAACAAUCAGCUCGUCGGUGUUGCUAACUUCAUCAUCAACUACUGUGGCUCGAGCAGCCCGGACGGGUACGCGAAGGUGUCUGACUUUGUGCCCUGGAUUCAGGCAGCGAUGCGCCGCUAUUAGUCAUGCCGCUCGGCUGGUUCGGCGGUGCUGUGAUUAUUUGCAAAAAAAAAAAAACGAAGAAGCAACACAAAUGUGAUGGGAAAAUAUUUAUUCACCUGAUGCGCCGCGCGUGUGCAUGUGACGUCUGUUUGGUAAAGUGGGCGGACGGUUGGGGCAGAUUGCAACAACUGAUUGUUGUACGCUAGCUACACGCGGUGGUAUCUUGUCGAUGCACGGGUGGGCGCUUGUGGGAAGUUGGUCUCUUUUAAAUUCAGAUAUAAAUAAACAGGGAGUAUGUGGAUUGUUUUGCAUUAAAA